AUGUCUGAGCAAAUCGAAAAGGCUUUUCAGAAACAAGUUGGUAUCUUUCAAAAUCCAAAAGCCAGCAGAAAGGUUAAAGCCAAAGACCUCCGCUGGUAUAAGGAUGUAGGUCUAGGCUUUAAGACACCUAAAGAAGCUAUUGAUGGCCAUUACAUAGACAAAAAAUGCCCCUGGACUGGUAUGGUGUCUAUUCGAGGUCGUAUAUUGACUGGUGUAGUAGUUUCUGUCAAAAUGAAAAGAACAAUUAUUGUUCGCC